AUGCAAGUAUUUGUUGAGAAAUUUGUAUGGCUAGUGAUCUUUGGCAGCUUUAUCAGCUAUCACAGCUUUGGUUGCUCUCACCAAUUCUAUGAUUCGCAUAUUCUGCUUCCAUAAUUCUACAAAUUUAAUUUCUACGACGCCCUUCCUUUCAAGCUCCCUCCACCGUCUUUCAUCUCAACUAAUUUUUCGGUGAAGGUUUUCAGUAGGUGGUGGUGGAAAUGGCAAGUGGAGCUGUUCCAGCUUCGUAUCAUCAGAGCAUUGGAUUUGCAAAAAGUUGGGAUUUUGCUAGAGUUUCUGACUUGCAAAGCUUUAAAUUUCGACGUAGCAAGGGGGUUCCUGUUAUCAGAAAUUCCAUCAACACUGUUGAACUUGAGCCUGCAUCAGAUGGAAGCCCCUUAUUAGUUCCAAGGCAGAAAUAUUGUGAAUCGAUACACAAAACUAUAAGGAGAAAAACCUGCACGGUUAUGGUGGGAAACGUGGCUCUUGGUAGUGAGCAUCCCAUCAGAAUUCAAACUAUGACCACUACAGAUACAAAGGAUGUAGCUGCUACAGUUGAACAGGUAAUGACAAUAGCAGACCGAGGAGCAGAUAUUGUUAGAAUAACUGUUCAAGGAAGGAGAGAAGCCGAUGCAUGCUUUGAAAUUAAAAAUGCACUUGUUCAGAAGAAUUACAACAUCCCUUUGGUUGCGGAUAUUCACUUCGCUCCAUCUGUUGCAAUGCGGGUUGCUGAAUGCUUUGAUAAAAUUCGUGUUAAUCCAGGAAAUUUCGCUGACAGGAGAGCACAGUUUGAAGAGUUGGAAUACACAGAAGAUGAUUAUCAGAAAGAACUUGAGCAUAUUGACAAGGUUUUCACCCCUUUGGUUGAGAAAUGCAAAAAGUAUGGACGAGCAAUGCGCAUUGGAACUAACCAUGGUAGCCUGUCAGAUCGUAUUAUGAGCUAUUACGGAGACUCUCCAAGAGGAAUGGUUGAAUCUGCAUUUGAGUACGCUAGGAUUUGUCGGAAACUGGACUUCCACAAUUUUGUAUUUUCAAUGAAAGCAAGCAACCCUGUUGUCAUGGUCCAGGCAUACCGCCUUCUGGUUGCUGAGAUGAAUAUUUUGGGAUGGGAUUACCCCUUACACUUGGGAGUAACUGAAGCUGGUGAGGGUGAAGACGGGCGCAUGAAAUCUGCUAUUGGCAUCGGGACACUUCUUAUGGAUGGUUUGGGUGAUACGAUUCGUGUUUCUUUAACUGAACCUCCGGAGGAAGAGAUUGAUCCGUGUAACAGAUUGGCUAACCUUGGUAUGGAAGCUGCUGAGCUGCAGAAAGGAGUGGAACCUUUUGAAGAAAAGAACAGACGGUAUUUUGAUUUCCAGCGUAGAAGUGGUCAGUUGCCAGUUCAAAAGGAGGGUGAAGAAGUUGAUUAUCGAGGUGUUCUCCAUCGUGAUGGCUCAGUUUUGAUGUCGAUUUCUGUGGAUCAGUUGCAGGCACCUGAAGCUCUAUAUAAGUCUCUAGCCACAAAACUUAUUGUUGGAAUGCCAUUUAAGGACCUAGCAACAGUAGAUUCAAUCUUAUUGAGGAAGCUUCCACCACUAGACGAUAAAGAUGCUAGACUUGCUCUCAAACGGUUGAUAGAUGUUUCUAUGGGAGUUAUAACUCCUCUGUCAGAGCAGUUGGCGAAGCCAUUACGCAAUGCCCUUGUUAUGGUGAAUCUCGAUGAAUUGUCUAGUGGCGCUCACAAGCCUCUUCCCCAAGGUACACGUUUAGUAGUCUCUGUACGGGGAGAUGAACCUCUAGAUGAGCUAGAGAUUCUGAAGAGUACAGAUGCUGUAAUGAUCCUUCAUUACGUACCAUAUACUGAAGAGAAGACUAGCAGAGUCCAUGCUGCAAGGAGGCUUUUUGAGUAUCUAUCAGAGAACUCGUUAGAGUUUCCAGUAAUUCAUCAUAUAAGAUUCCCUGAAAAAGUCCACAGGGAUGACUUGGUGAUUGGUGCUGGGACAAAGGCAGGAUCCCUACUCGUAGAUGGAUUGGGAGAUGGAGUCCUACUAGAAGCUGCAGAUCAGGACUUUGAUUUCCUCAGAAAUACGUCUUUCAAUCUGCUACAAGGUUGCAGAAUGAGAAAUACAAAGACAGAAUAUGUGUCGUGCCCGUCAUGUGGAAGAACAUUAUUUGAUCUUCAAGAGAUAAGCGCGGAAAUAAGAGAAAAAACAUCUCAUUUGCCUGGUGUUUCAAUUGCCAUCAUGGGCUGCAUUGUCAAUGGACCCGGAGAAAUGGCUGAUGCAGACUUCGGCUAUGUUGGUGGCGCUCCUGGGAAGAUCGACCUCUAUGUCGGAAAGACGGUGGUGCAACGAGGCAUUGCCAUGGAAGGAGCAACAGACGCAUUGAUACAGCUGAUCAAAGAUCAUGACCGCUGGGUGGAUCCACCUGCACAAGAUUAGGAGGAUGCAUAAAUACAGUAUUAUCUAGAUAUGAUAAAUCAUGUAGCUUUGUCAUUUUCAUAUUGUUAAAGAAAAAAGUUCAGGUCAAAGUUAUAUAUGGAAGAGAUAUGUGAAACACAAACACAGAUGAAGCAUAACUUACUAAUAAUAGAAACUAAUAUCCAAGAUGUUGCCCGUAUUUGGAUAUUUUUACGCAA